GGCCCGCGUGCUGUCACUUCCAGGCCCCGCCACGCCCGCCACGCCCCGCAGGCCCGGGACCGGCCCCUCGGGAGCGUCCACCGGCUUGGCCUCGGGUCCCCGGUCUCAGGCCCGCCCCGGAAGACGUGGAGCGCUGCAGCGGCCGCAAAUUUAUCAAAGAUGAAAGUGACCUUAUCAGCUUUGGAUACUUCCGAGACUUCUUUCACACCUCUGGUAGUCAUAGAACUUGCUCAGGAUGUCAAAGAAGAAACCAAAGAAUGGCUGAAAAACAGAAUUAUCACUAAAAAGAAAGAUGGAGGUGCCCAGCUGUUGUUUAGGCCACUGUUAAAUAAAUAUGAGAAGGAAACACUUGAAAAUCAGAACUUAUAUCUUAUUGGUGCCUCCAAUACUAGAUUGUUACUCGGGGCAGAAGCACUGGGGUUGGUGAAAGAGUGCAAUGACAAGGCCAUGCGUGCCUUCACCUACAGGACCCGGCACAACUUCAAAGGUUUUGAUGACAACAAUGAUGAUUUCCUUACAAUGGCAGAAUGUCAGUUCAUUAUCAAACAUGAACUUGAAAAUCUUAGAGCCAGAGAUGAAAAAAUGAUCCCUGGUUACCCCCAGGCAAAGUUGUAUCCAGGAAAAUCAUUAUUGAGAAGACUGCUCACGUCUGGCAUCGUGGUUCAGGUGUUUCCACUGCAUGAUAAUGAAGACCUCAAGAAGCUUGAGGACACCUGGUACACUCGUUUUCCUUUAAAGUAUCAGCCCAUAGACCGUAUUCGUGGUUACUUUGGUGAAACAAUUGCUCUUUACUUUGGAUUUCUGGAAUAUUUCACUUUUGCCUUAAUCCCCAUGGCAGUCAUUGGGCUGCCUUACUACUUGUUUGUGUGGGAAGACUAUGACAAGUACGUGAUCUUCGCCUCGUUCAACCUGGUCUGGUCCACAGUGAUCCUGGAGGUGUGGAAGCGUGGCUGUGCCAACAUGACCUACAGAUGGGGGACACUGGUCAUGAAGAGACAGUUUGAGGAGCCGCGGCCAGGAUAUCAUGGUGUUCUGGGUAUCAACCUGGUCACUGGCAGGGAGGAACCGCUCUACCCCAGCUACAAGAGACAGUUACGCAUCUACCUGGUCUCUCUGCCAUUUGUGUGCCUCUGUCUCUAUUUCUCUCUGUAUGUCAUGAUGAUUUACUUCGACAUGGAGGAGUGGGCCAUGGGUCUGCAUGAGGAGAGCGGGUCUGAGUGGACAAGUAUCAUCUUGUACGUGCCCAGCAUCAUCUAUGCCAUUGUGAUUGAGAUCAUGAACCGGCUGUACCGAUACGCUGCUGAGUUUCUAACUUCGUGGGAGAACCACAGACUGGAAUCUGCCUACCAGAAUCAUCUAAUUCUGAAAGUUUUAGUGUUCAACUUUCUGAAUUGCUUUGCCUCACUCUUCUACAUUGCCUUCGUCCUGAAGGACAUGAAGCUCUUGCGGCAGAGCCUGGCCACUCUCCUGAUUACCUCCCAGAUCCUGAACCAGAUUGUAGAAUCUCUUCUUCCUUAUUGGCUCCAAAAGAAGCACUACAUGCAGGUGAAGAGGAAGAUGCAGGCUUUGAAGGCAGACAUCGAUGCUACAGUAUAUGAACAAGUCGUUCUGGAAAAAGAAAUGGGAACCUAUUUGGGCACCUUCGAUGAUUACUUGGAGUUAUUUCUUCAGUUUGGUUAUGUGAGCCUUUUCUCCUGUGUUUACCCGUUGGCAGCGGCCUUUGCUGUGUUAAAUAACUUCACCGAGGUUAAUUCCGAUGCCUUAAAAAUGUGCCGGGUCUUCAAACGUCCAUUCUCAGAACCAUCAGCCAAUAUUGGUGUGUGGCAGCUGGCUUUUGAAACAAUGAGUGUUAUAUCUGUGGUCACUAACUGUGCUCUCAUUGGAAUGUCACCACAAGUGAAUUCACUCUUUCCUGAGUCAAAAACAGAUCUCAUUUUGAUUGUAGUGGCAGUGGAGCAUGCACUCCUGGCUUUAAAGUUUAUACUUGCAUUUGCCAUACCUGAUAAGCCCCGGCAUAUCCAGAUGAAACUGGCCAGGUUGGAAUUUGAGUCUUUGGAGGCGCUCAAGCAGCAGCAAAUGAAGCUCGUGGCUGAGAACCUGAAGGAGGAGCCGCGGGAAGGCGAGAAGAAGGCGACCUGAGUGCCCGGGCUGCCCUGAGCUCAGGGGCACUGCCUCGUGGCUCCUGAGCGCAGGCGCUGCGCUUGGCCUGAUGAAGCAGCUCCCGUGAGGCCAGCAGAUGCCUCCCUCCGGCGUGUCCCUUCAGGGCGGUGAAGGGGGGAGCCGGACCAGCUUUUGCUGGUCCCCUCACCCUCUCCUGCCCCACGGUUUCGGCCCGAGCCUGCACUCACUCCGGCUGCCUGACCUGAGCCGCGUGCACCCGCGAU